AUGUCCAUUAAACACAUUCACAAUGCUACCCAGUUUCGAGAGCUUUUGUCCUCUGCUCCGGCUACAAAGCUGGUAGUUGUUGACUUUACAGCCAGCUGGUGUGCACCUUGCCAAACUAUUGCUCCAUUCUUCACCCAGCUUUCACAAAAAUACCGUCAUGUUACGUUUGCAAAGGUGGAUGUCGAUCAAGUAAAGGAUGUUGCCUCUGAACGUGGAGUGACUUCCAUGCCAACAUUCCAAUUUUAUCAAGGUGGAAACAAAAUCGCAGAAAUGAAGGGUGCUAACCCCAGAGGACUUGAGGAUCUUAUUAAGCAACAUCAAGGUGAUCCCAAUAUGGACCCUGUGUCUAGCGUUGGUGUUAGCGGACAUUCGGACCUCAAGGAAUUCAUCACAUUGAAUCAGAUUGAUAUUCGCAAUGAGCAGGAAGAGCACAAUGUGCGCAAUAUCUUCAAGGAUGAUGAAGGUUAUCUUGAGAGCGAUGUGGAUGAGCAACUUAUGAUUGGCAUCCCAUUCAACCAGACCGUUCGCAUUCAUUCCCUCAAAAUCAAGGCUCCCAGUGCUAUUCAUCAUUUCAUAUCAGCAUCGCACGGACCUAAAACCAUUAAGCUAUUUGCCAAUAAGCAAAACAUGGAUUUCGACGAUGCCGAUUCCGUGCAGGAAACACAGACCUUGGAACUUUCAGAAGCCGAUUUGGACGGCAAGUCUAUUAUCAACUUGAGAUUUGUCAAAUUCCAAAACAUUUCCAGUGUGGUGCUCUUCAUAAUUGAUAAUCAAGGUGACGAGGAGACUACUCAAAUCCAACAAUUAACAUUCAUUGGAUCUCCAGUCGAGACCACCAAGAUGGGCGACUUGAAGAAAGCAGGCGAUGACGAGCAUUAA